UUAAUUUUCGUUUAAGCAAUUGAAACACGCGAAAAAGGCAAGAACUUGUAGCGGCAUUAGUAUUAAAACAGUAUAGUUUAAACGGAAUAACAGUUGCUAUGUGUUAGCAGAAAAGUGCGUGCGCCAUACGAUUUUGUAAGGCUUGGUUUUGCUUGCGGCCCAAAACAAGUAAUUUGCAAAGAAUCGCAACGAAGUUGCGAUGCGCUACAACUGAGCACCUUAUGUUGCUGACCACGUAUCAUCUAAUCAGCUAUUUAAGCGCUUGUUGUGCAUUAAAAAGUGUCUAGAGUCGAUGUUGUAAAAAAGUAUCUGUGUUGCAACGACCGCGUGCUUGUGACGUAGCGUGCAGCGAAAGCGCUGGCAGUACCAGGAGCAGUCAGGCAGGCGGGAGGCAGGCAAAACAACGCUGGCAACUGUCGAUAACUUUUGACGGUGUGUCGGGAGUUAUCGCGCAAGGACCACGGAGCGAUUGCCGCUAGCACUUUUGUAAGUGGGUGGUGUGAAAAAAGUGCGUGAGGAAUUGUUUAUACGUGAAAAACAGUAAGACUAGCAAGCAAGCAACGUAAUAAUAAUUAUGUCGAUAUUGUACUAAGGUAGUUGCUUGCUAAGCAGACGCGCAAGUCGGCUUAAGAAGUUAGGCAAGUCCUCAUGCACCUAAUGGGCCUUACUAGACUUACUGGUGUUUGGCCCAUUUUUGCUUGGCGAGCAAUUUGCUGUGGCUAAAUUGCCGCGCGUUAAUUACACGAAAUUUACUUGGACACAAUUUCUGGGUACUACCGGCUUCGUCAUACUGAGUUGUCCUGUUUGUUUCUGAAAACGCCGGACGCAGAUUGAUUUUUGUUAAGUUAUGCUUCUAAUUCUGGUAAAUUCGUUCAGAGUUGAAUGAUCUCAGGUCAAUGCUUGAAAGCAAAUCACAAAACCGCAUUUAAUUUAGAUAAUUUUCACUCACUAAAAGUACCCAAGGACAAUGUCCAAUAACAAUCAUCCACACGGUCAUUUAAGCCAAGCUGCACAGAAUCCUUCAUGGAAUCCCCUGCAAAUACCAUCGUAUAUACCGCGACAACCGCAAUUGGCGCACAUGUCCAACGAACGGCCCAUGGUGCGCUCCCCGCUGGCCUGGCAUGCGUCCGCACAGCCGCCGCCAGAUGCCAUUUACAAUUUCAUGUCGGCCAAUCAUAAAAACUUGGAUCAUCAUCAUCAAAUGAAUCCACUUCUAGCACCGCCAUACGUCUCUGGAACAUUGCCAUUUGACUCCAUGGAUUUGUCGCUACAAUCAAGUCGCAGCUCUGCUCCGCCACUCAGCAAGUCUGGCUUGACACAGCAAUCCCCUCAACAACAACAACAGCAAUCGCAACAACAGCAGCAGCAGCAAUCACAUGCAAAUACGCAUCAGCAACAAACUUCCCAUCUCCAUGCGCCCAACUACCCAACGAUCCAUAAUCUGACGUCUAAUGCAUCUGGCUCACAGCAACAGCAUCUGGCGGCCAUGGUUGCUGGGCAGCAUGCACAUUCAAGCCUACUGCCCAGCAAUGCGCCGCCCACAGCCACACCCACGUCGUCGGCCACCCCUAUCAGUGGACCGCCAAAUAAGUACAUCAAUGCCAAUGGAAGCGAUUGCGAGUCCUUACUGCCGCCGCCGCCUACCACGCCCACUAGUCUGGUGGCCAACGCUCCCAGCAGUAAUCAUGCUAGCAGUAAUAAUAACGUUCAUUACAUGCAAUCCAACCGCGAUGAGAACUUCAAGCUGGCGCAACUAAAGCGCAACUUUGAACACGAGUCCAAGCCCAUGCAGAAACCCCCAGAACUGCUCGGGAAAGACUGCAGCUUUGGAGCUAGUACUGGAAAGCUGUCCACUCACAACUUGCAGCAACAUGUGGCAACUAACAAGAAGGGGUCGCCGCUACGUAACUACCAUCAACAGCAGCAGCAAUCAUACAGCAUGAAGUUUAAUGGACCCCAGACGCCUCCAACGCCACAGUCGCCAGUAAUGCAACAAACCCCACAUCAAAUGCAAUCGCCAACAGCACACGGGCCUCCGCAUGGAUCAUCUGGUUUGGAUUAUAAUCAAUUGCAUAUGCAUCACCAUUUGCAUUCUGGAAAUUACGGGCCACAGUCGCACCAUAUGUCACAACAAGAGCAACAGCAGCAGCAACAUCAUUUACACUUCGCGCCACAUCACAAUCAGCACCUGCCCACACAAAUACAACAGCAACAGCAACAACAGCAGCAGCAACAACAACAACAGCAGCAACAACAACAUAUACCAGGCGCACAGUAUCACGCACAACAGCAGCAGCAAUCAUCGCCUCAACAACAGGCACCGCAACAAUUGCAUUCCCGUAGCUCGCAAUUAACGAAUCUCGACAUUUUGCCCAAGCCCAAGGAAAUGCCAGCACGGGAGGAUCUGAAGGGUGAGGAGGAUCACACCGUCAUAACCGACUUAUCAACAACUGCUUCUUAUCGCACACAUGUGCCCGCAUUGCCGCCACCGCCGACGACGAGCUCAUCUGCCGACAACGAAAAGGCCUCGCAGCUUUUAGAUGCCCCUGAAUCGCCUUACUUGACCACAUCGAAUGAGGAGUCGCUGGAAUCGAACAGCAACAGCAGCAGUCGUAAACGACGUAAACGAAAAUCCAGUCAAGUCAUGCGUUUGACGCCGAGCGACAAUGGCACAAUCUCCACCACCGCUGUUGCCGCCGAGGAGCAGGAUGAGCAACUCAAGCGUUCCCGCAUGUCCAACCAAAACACAAACAGUAACAGCUGCAGUCCCAAAUCACUGCCUGCACAGCAGCAGCUGAAGUCUCCAAAUAAUGGUGGCACCGAACUGGAUACGUUUGCAUUGCAGACAACUAACAAAAACAAUAAGAUGGACACUGAGCUCGCCCAAGAAAAUGGAUGUCCAAUGCCAACACAUACUCAGUCCACGCCAGGAGCCACUUCAGAAAAUAGUAAUAGCGCACAGCUGUACAACGAUGACAAGCCCAAGACUAAGAAACAAAGACAGGCGCUACUGCAGCGGAACAUAAAGGAGCAGCAGCGUCGGCAGACUGAAGAUGAAUCCCAGGAUUUGCCGGCCAAAGAGGAGCCUGUGGCACAGCCUAUGCCGCCAAGUCCGCAAAGUAAUAGUAGUAGUAGCAGCUCAAGUAGCUCCAGCGGCGGCACUCACAGUAGCCACAGCCAUAGUCAAAGCGAUAAUACGAAAGCAACGACAGACACGCCAGCUUCGCCGGCACUUGUGGAACAAGGGAACAUCGAUACCAAGCCAGUGGUAAGUGUACACGAUGAUGAAGACGACGAGUUGUUCAAGAACGCGGAAAAAACAACCGCUAUUGUUGUGGCCCCUCCGACAACGGUUUCAGAAGGUGGCAGUGAACCUUGCCAUUUCGAAGAGGUGGAGGACAAGUUGGAGGAAAUGUUUGCCGGCAUUGAAGAUGAGCCCGCUGAGCAGUCAACUCGCGUCAUAUCACCAACAAAGCAGGUAGCAGCUGCUGCUAGAAAUGACCUUAGCUCGCAACUCACGUUAGAAAACAGUGUACGGGCUGCUAAGGCAGAGGAAAGCAAGUCAAAGGAAACUGAACCGACUGCAAAACUUCAAGAAGAGCAGCAGCCAGCGCCUACGCCAGAGGUGCGACCAAUGGCUACAAAAGCUUCAAUGAAGUCCACAAUGCCUAGUCCCAUACACAGCCCCACACCUGAGGCACGCUCCACAUCUACACCGGUGCCAGCCCCACACACUGAUCAGAGUUGUAGUGAUACACCCCCACAGUCACAAGAGCAGCUACAGAGUCCACCAUCAGCUGACUUUAAGUCUACGCCUAGUCGCCGCUUGCCGCCACGCCGACUGUCCGUGGGCAUUGAUCCAUCGCUUUUGCGUUUUAUGAUAGACGAUCCGUCGAAGCCAAAAAAGACUGCAGGAGCGCGCAAGAAGCUGCAAGGCUCAGGGACCCCCGAUCUGCAAACGCCAAUUCAUAACGAAAGUGAUGAUGACAAGCCUAGCACCUCGGCGGCAGCGGCAGCAGCGUUAGCAGCGCGCAAGCUCAGUGAGGCGGCAGCUUCGCAGGUGCUGCUUGAUCCAAAAAGCACGUCGACAAAAACGCCGCCCUCAAAAAAGAAAAAGGCCACGGCCAAGGGAAAGAACGCCAAAAGUGCGGGUGCUUCAACGAAAAAUGCUAAGAACAAUGCCAAAAAUGCCAAGCAGAAGAAACAAAUUGGUGGUCGCAAGCCUCCAACAACGGAUGAGGAUAGUACACCAGCACCUAGCAAAGAGAGCAAUGGCUCAUCCGAGCAGAAACUAAAAUCCCCAUACAUACUUAUCAAGCCCGAUGGUAGUAUCGUCAUAAAGAACGCACAUACAUCCGAAGACGUCAACGAUAAACAGACGAAAGUAAAAAAGGCACCGCACGAACGCAAAAAUGUUCGUGGCAUGCACUCUUCAACGCUAAGCAACCGUUACGAUGCCGACACCACCGACUCCAGUUGGAUAUGCGUGUUUUGCAAGCGCGGACCACACAAGAUGGGCCUCGGUGAUCUCUUUGGCCCAUAUCUAGUCUCUGUAGAUUGCGAGGAAUAUCGCAUGGCAAUACAAGCGCCUGGUGCGCAGGAAAUCGAUGCUAAAAAGCGAAUGCGUAGCGACAUGGUUCAGACGAAUGCACGUAAUGUGCCCGCGGUGGCGGCCACAUUGGCGAAAAUCAUGCAGGCGCCAAAGAUUACAAUGCACAAGCGCAAACGAAAGCAACCCUUCGAAAACACCUAUUCCUGCAGCGAUGAUCAGAAUGAAUCGCAGUGCUCGUCAGUGGAUGUGGAUCCGCUCGACUGCAGUUACGAGACAAAAUUUAUUGAAACAUUUCGAGGCAUGUGCAAGACUUCGGAGCACGGGUACGAGGUGUGGUUGCAUGAGGAUUGUGCUGUAUGGGUCAGCGACAUACAGCUUAUUGGCGCCCAUCUACAAGGACUUGAUGCAGCGGUGUGGGAUAGUUCGCGAUCUCAGUGCCUUCAGUGCUGUCAGCCCGGUGCCAUUGUCUGCUGCUUUCAACGCGCCUGUGAGGCGAAAGCUCACGUGCCCUGCGCUCGUUCCGCCAACUGGAGUCUCGACGAAAAGAAUCGUAUGGUAUUUUGUGGACAACAUGCACCGCCACCAUCGACAGGAACAACAACAGAAAUGGUGUCUCUAAGAACGACACCAGCUACACCAGCGUUAGUUUCCGCCGCUCCUCUGGCGUCUACGGCGCUUAAUGUCAAUUCGCUUCCCUGAGUGCGAGUGCGCCUGCACAAUUGUCUGGCCAUUAAACGUUGAGCGUGCCAAGUGUAUGUUUCUUUGUCCGUUUCGCUGUACAGUGUACACACGAGAGUUAAUCAGUUAGAAUGCGUUAGUUAUUUAGGGCAAUACACUUAAGCACAUAUGUAAUGUUACUUUAUGUUAAGACUUCAGUGUUUGCACUUUCAUUUGUGGUUGUUACUUUAGAAUAUUUCCUUAAUAUAUCUGCACUGUAAAUAAUUUGAAAUGGCCAAGGAAUAAUGGGAAUUCUCCCAAAGCUAUAGCUACUGCAGCCGAAGUGCGCGCACAUUGCAUUUUAAAGUAAUAUUAAUAUUUUGUAUAAACUAGCUGCGGAACAUUUAAGUGCUGACGUUUUGUUUUUAUUAUUUUUGUGUUUGUUUUUAAAUGUCAAACAAGAUUAUUUACGCCUUUAAUUGAUCAACAAUUAUUAGAUAUUAAUCGUAGGUAGCAGCAAAGUUACAACAAAUUAAAUGCCCCAAUGGUUUAAUUAGCUUGCUCAUUUGCUUAGCCCGUCCCAUUAGUUUUCACAGCAUCACAUUAUUUUUCUUCUCGACCAAAAUUUCAUUUUCUUUUAGUUCAAUUUGUGUGUGUAUAAACAAAUACUCCAUGCCAUAACACUUAAUAUCCAAAAAUAUGCAUAACAUAUGAGAAAAAUUAUAGAAACGCAAUGUGCACAGCAUUAACUGAAAUAAGC